GGUCGAACACAGAUAUAUAAAUAUGAAUCACAUUCCCAUAUUUCCUAUAUAUAUAUAGCAACUCGUCAAUCAUCUUCUUCAUUGCUUCUAAGCCAUGGCGCCUAAUGAAACACAAUUCUGCGACCAUUAUAUGUUGCUUAGCCCAGAAGAUGCAAGUUUAUAUGAUCUUGUUUGCUUUCUGCUUUUCUCUACAUCAGAAACAAGUAGAUUCAUCCAGCGCACUACCAAAGAGGAAGAGGAAGAUUUUUGGCGCCGAUGGUACAUAUUCAACUCCCUCCUUGUGCAGAAACUCCUCAUUUUCUGGGGAAAGCCCAUGGUUCAGGUGGGGUAUAUCUUGGAGCUGUGGCUGAAUCUUCUUUCACAAAACGGGGGAUUUCUCAUGUUGUUUUCAAAUUUCUUAAAAGGAAAUGUAGCGUGGCCGGAGAGGUCAUCGGCGACGUUCACGUCUGUGUUGGGAAAUCUUGAUCCAAGAGUGGAAUUAGACAAAAGUAUCAAACCUGGUAACACAAAAUAUAAUGCGUCCCUCUCUAUGAUGGCCUCCAAAUUGGCAUAUGAAAAUGAAUCAUUCCUUCAAACCACAAUCCGAGAUCAGUGGAAUAUGGAAUUCUUGGGGUUCUCCAACUUCUGGAACGAUUACCUAGGACAACCUUCAACUCAAGCCAUGAUGUUCCAAGAUACAAGAGCUCAACCUAACCUGAUCGUGGUUGCAUUUAGGGGCACAAACCCAUUCGACCCAGUAGCAUGGCAGACAGAUGUUGAUCUCUCGUGGUUUAAGCUUGAAGGCGUAGGUAAGAUUCAUAGUGGCUUUAUGAAAGCUCUCGGCUUGCAAAAGGGCAAAGGCUGGCCCAAAGAACUAGAACAAGGAAGUAACCAACGACAAUUUGCUUACUAUGCAAUCAGACAAAGGUUGAGAGAAAUAUUGCAAAAGAAUGAGGGUGCGAAAUUUAUAUUAACGGGACACAGCUUGGGUGCUGCGUUAGCGAUUCUGUUUUUGACUGUUCUAGCAAUACAUGAAGAGGCUUGGUUGCUGGAGAAGUUGGAAGGGGUGUACACAUUUGGGCAACCAAGGGUGGGAGACAAGCAACAUGGGGAUUACAUGAAGGAGAAGUUGAAGAAGUAUGAUGUAAGGCAUUUGAGGUAUGUUUACUGCAAUGACUUGGUGGCUAGGAUCCCUUAUGAUGAUGCAGAUGAUCUCUUUUUUGAGCAUUGGGGGCCGUGCAUCUACUAUAAUAGCAUCUAUAAAGGGAAGGUUCGACACGAGGAGCCGAAUAAAAACUACUUCUCAAUAUUAUGGGCCAUACCGAAGUUUGUAAACGCAGUUUGGGAGUUGCUCAGGAGUUUCAUAAUCCCAUAUACAAAGGGCCCCGACUACAAAGAAAGUUGGUUAAUGAAAAUGCUUAGGGUGGUUGGAUUGGUAAUUCUAGGAUUAGCAGCACAUAGUCCUCAAGAUUAUGUUAACGCAACCCGAUUGGGAUCCUUCGCUCUAGAUCUCCAAGACCCAAUUCAUCAAAGAGCUUCUAAACUUGAUUGAUCCACGAGAUAUAUAUGGAACUGCAUGCCAUACAUAUUAUCCGCUUAUCAAUGUGGCAUACUGAUGCAAAAUGGUUAGUGUUAAUUGGGUCUUGUAAUUUUAUUUAGGUUUUGUUAGUUUUAAUUUAUGUUUAUUUUAAUUUUCAAGAGUCAAUGUGUAUUAAGUGUUGCUCUCAAUUAAAUCAUGUUAGGUAAGUUAAUAAAUGAUAGAGUAUUGUCCUAUGGUUAGGUCAAAGUAUAUUUAAGCAUGAAAUGUACUCAAUUAAAGGCAGAGUUUGAUGAAAUAGAAUUAUUAUAAAGUAAUUUUCUCUUUCCUCUUUCUCUU